AGCGCCUUGUUUUCUGGACCACAGCGUGUCCCGAGUCAGGUUUCGCCUUUAGCAAAGCCAACACGGAGCGUAUUUCGGGUACAACGGCACCAAACCUGCACCGCACUACACUACACAGCACAGCUGGAAACUGGAGUCUCUUUUUGUCUUUUCUUUUCUUUUUUUUUUACACUGCGCGGGACUUUUUGUCGCUCAUUGUUAGUUAACAACAGGACAUCAGCCAACCACGCACCAAGCGCGGAAAAAAAAAGGAGAGGGGGAGAUUAGAAGUUUCGACUCGCUUGUUUUGUCACUUGGGGCAAGGCAAGGCAGGAAUGUCGCAGAAGGAGAGACCCACUUUUUAUCGACAGGAACUCAACAAAACGAUAUGGGAGGUUCCCGAGCGGUACCAGAUCCUGUCUCCCGUGGGCUCCGGUGCUUAUGGCUCCGUAUGCUCGGCAUAUGACGUGAAAACGAGACGGAAGAUAGCAGUGAAGAAGUUGUCAAGGCCCUUCCAGUCAAACAUCCACGCAAAGAGGACCUACAGGGAGUUGCGGCUGCUCAAACACAUGAAGCAUGAGAAUGUGAUUGGUCUAUUAGAUGUCUUCACACCUGCAACCAAUUUAGAGGAGUUCAAUGAUGUGUACCUGGUGACCCACUUAAUGGGAGCAGACCUUAACAACAUCGUCAAGUGUCAGAAGCUCACCGAUGACCACGUCCAGUUCCUCAUCUAUCAGAUCCUCAGGGGGUUGAAGUACAUCCAUUCAGCAGAUAUCAUCCACAGAGACCUGAAACCCAGUAAUUUGGCUGUGAAUGAAGAUUGUGAGCUGAAGAUUCUAGACUUUGGUUUAGCACGACACACAGAUGAUGAGAUGACGGGAUAUGUAGCCACCCGGUGGUACCGAGCCCCAGAGAUCAUGCUCAACUGGAUGCACUACAAUAUGACAGUGGAUAUCUGGUCAGUGGGCUGCAUUAUGGCUGAAUUACUUACAGGACGAACUCUGUUCCCCGGCACAGACCAUAUAAACCAGCUGCAGCAGAUAAUGCGACUGACAGGGACGCCUCCAGCAUCCCUCAUAAGCAGGAUGCCCAGCCAUGAGGCAAGGAACUACAUCAACUCACUUCCACAGAUGCCGAAGAGGAAUUUCGCUGAUGUGUUCAUUGGUGCCAACCCCCUUGCGGUCGACUUACUAGAGAAAAUGCUGGUGCUGGACACAGACAAGCGGAUUACAGCGUCAGAGGCUCUGGCCCAUCCAUACUUUGCCCAAUAUCACGACCCAGAUGACGAGCCUGAGGCAGAACCUUAUGACCAGAGUUUUGAAAGCCGUGAGCUGGAGAUUGAGGAGUGGAAGAGACUAACCUAUGAGGAAGUACUCAGCUUUGAACCACCAUCGUUUGACGGUGACGAGAUGGAGUCCUAAGAUGAUCAGGGAUGCUUUACUAAACAUCUGCAUCCCUUCUAAUCAACACAGUCAAUCAACACAGUCAUGACACUCUGAAGACUGUCAAUGUCGCAACUUGAACACACUCUCGCAAACACACACAAACACACGCACACACACACACACACACACACACACACACACACACACACACACACACACACACACACAACCGUGACAUUCAAGUGCCUGCCUUUAUUCUUUUCUGGUAGUCAGAGAUUUCAGGGGUGAAAAUGGACUUCCUACUAUGUCCCCACCAACUUUUCUGUUUUUAUUGUCUUUGCUUGCCAGCCAUUUUGCUGGGAAGACCUUUUAUUUUUUAUUAUUGUGAUUUUUUUUUUUAAUGCUUUUUCCCCGAGUGAGCAUUUCACUUUGAAAUAUCUCAAAAGUAAUCAGGCAAUUUGAACCACUGUUUUGUAUAUAUGUAAAUUUUAGAAGCUGUUUUUCAGUAAGCUAAUAUAACUUCCCUAACAGGAAAAUCUUAAUUGAAAUUGAUUUAGAUCACAACCAUAUGUAUGUAUGUAUGUAUGUAUGUAUGUAUGUAUGUAUGUAUGUAUGUAUGUAUGUAUGUAUGUAUGUAUGUAUGUAUGUAUGUAUGUAUGUAUGUGUAUAUAUCUAUACACACAUACACAUAUGUAUGCAUGUAUGUGUGUGUAUGUGUGCGUGUAUAUAUAUAUAGAUUUUUUUCCCGAAACCAUCAAUGGUGUUAUAAGUGCUCAACUAAUGAGGAGCAGAAUAUCAACACAAA